GCCCCGCCCCGCCCGCUCCGUCACUGCCGGCCCGCCAUGGCGUCCGGGCCCGCGGGCCGCGCCGCUGAGGAGCCGCCGCCGCCGGAGCCGCCCGCCGAGCAGAAGCCGCCGCCGCUGCCGCCCGCGCAGGAGGAAUUCUCCUUCCUGCCGCUCGUCCACGACAUCAUCAAAUGCAUGGACAAGGACAGCCAGGAUGUUCACCAGGUACUGAAUGAGCUCAAGAACAAGUUCCAGGAGAUGAGAAAGCUGAUCAGCUCCAUGCCUGGCAUCGGGGUGAGCCCAGAGCAGCAGCAGCAGCAGCUGCAGAACCUGCGGGAGCAGGUCCGGACCAAAAACGAGCUGCUGCAGAAGUACAAGAGCCUUUGCAUGUUUGAAAUCCCCAAGGAGUAGGGAAGGCACAGCUCCACUCUCCAGGUCUGAGAUACCUCCUGUCCAGGCUGAACAGGGUGGCAGAAGAGGACAUUUCUUUCGUUAGGUUUUGUGGCUGCAGAGCUGUGGCGUUGUGCCUGUGUGGACCAUGGGUGUGUGACACUGAGCCAGGACACCGUGUGCUCUCCUGGGACAAUGGCAGUGGCACGUUCCCUUGAUCAGCUGCAGGACUGUGCACUUAUAUAUCCCAUCUCCUAUUUUCUCUUGGGGUGGGGUUCUUUUUUAUGUUCAAACAAGCAAGAGAUGUUUUGUUUUCUCCUCACUAAGGGUCAAAGUACCUGCUGGUGAAAAAGAGGGCAUUUCUGCUUUUUUUUUUUUUUUUUUUUCUU